AUGUCUUCACUACGUGUCGCUCUCGUUGGCGCUACCGGGAACCUCGGUCCCGCCAUCCUGCAGGCCCUUCUUGCAGCCUCGCUCGAAACUACAGUCCUUACACGAGUAGGAAGCGCUCACAAGGUCUCCGUCCCAUCUGGUUCCGAAAAACUUUUGAAAGUUCAAGAAGUCGAUUACAGCUCGCACGAGUCUCUAGUUUCCGCCCUCAAGCCUGUUGGCGUGGUUGUAUCAACCCUCGGCUUCGCGGAUCUGUUCAACAUACAGAAGAAGCUAAUUGAUGCCUCUCUGGAGGCAAACGUCACCCGCUUCAUUCCUUCCGAGUUCGGAAAUGAUUCAGCAAACCCACUCGUCCGAAAGCUGCCACUCUACGCGGACAAGAUCAAGACGCAGGAGUAUCUACAGGAAAAAGCUGCCCAGAAUCCAGGAUUCAGCUACACAUUCGCCUACAACAACUCCUUCCUCGACUGGCAGCUUCAAAUUGGUUUCAUGGUCAACCUCAAAGACCACAGCGCUACACUCUACGAUGGUGGUGACGUCCCCUUCUCCGCGACUCGGCUUGCAACGAUCGGACAGGCCAUAGUUGGAAUCAUCCAGAAUCUGGAAGCCACCAAGAAUGAACACAUCUACUUCCACGACAUCGGCGUCACCCAGAACCAGCUGAUUGAAAUCUCAAAGCGCAUUGACGGGAAGGAGUGGUCAACGACCGUUGUUUCGACCGCGGACGUUGAGCAGAAAUCUUACGACAUGCUCAAGAGCAGCGAUCCUGCGGAGGUGGCCAACUCGGCGCUCGGAUUCAUUGCCCGGGCCUGCUGGGGCGCAGGGCACGGAGGUGAUUUCAGCGACAAGGUUAGCAAUAAGCUUCUUGGAAUUCCGGGAAUGAGCACAGAGGACCUUGAGAAGCUGGUUCGGGAGAUUAUGGCUUGA